GGCCGGUACAGUGCGAGUGGUUUAAGGUUGCUGGGUGUACAUAUAGAUCGUGUACAGCGUCUUUGACUUUUACUGCAAGUUGUGCAAUGGAUGCUGUCGAGAGAGUUUACAAGUCAAGAGUUGGAUCUGUCAAUCCAAAACUGUCACGUCAUGCCCCGGCUUCAGCGGGACGUCAUCAGCAUCUGACGUGUUACUCCCCUCUUAAAGUUAGAGAUUCGAUCCCGGAUAUGCGGCCUCUUCCUCCAAUAACGAUCCAGAGGCGCAGGGAAAAGGAAUAUGUGGUAGACGCUAUCAAAUCCGAUGUUUUUUCCAACAGUCCUUACCACCGACCACGGCGAACUUCUAUCAUUAAACCUUACAACGCCAUGAACGAUCGCCACUCAGCCGGUUACUUCAGGUCACCUAUGGUAAAGGAGACGGUUACCCGUACAUUGUCGGCACAGCCUCAACGCAUUGAGUACGUACCUGCAGAGAAAAGAGGUCUUCAUCGCAUGUCCGCUAGACGUCGCUCGAUCCCGACACCACCAACACCGAAGAUUUUGGAUAAAGAGCGCAAUUUUGUUCUCGACAACGUAAGAUCCGAACGAAGCCGUAACAAACAAAACCCAAUCAUACCGGAAUACGACGCCUUGCUAGACCUGCACUCACGAAGAUAUUUUAGAAACAAACUUGUGCAGAAUGUUUUACGGAAAACAACGUACAGCCCGCAACGGUUGUACCCCACAAUUACUUUUUACGCGCCUACGAAAAAUGACCUCGUAGUUUAAUAUUUACAUAAUAUCACAUCAAUGCUUCUUAGCAAAUUUGAUCGCCAAAAACUAUUAAGCCUUAAAUAGAAAAAAAGAAAAAGUUUACGGUUUUUCUAAACAUACAGUAAAUGGUUUGAACGGGGACCUAACAGUUUUAAUUGUAUUUUUUAU